CAGCUUUCCAAAAUAUUCUCUAAAAGCAGUAGGCCUAAUUACUUUACAGAGCCACGGGAUAUUACUUUAAAGUGCUCCGGUAAUAACUCGGCUAACCUGUCUUGCUAUUUAAAGAGAAUUAAGGUAUUUCAAAUUAUUGAUUUUGACUCCUGCAGUUGUAAAGCCCAUCACACAACACAUUUUUCUCGUGUUGCUGUUUUGGGCGAGGACUGAAGCGCGUGGAUGUUCAGCGAAUGUAGCGGCCAAUCGCCAAAAGGAGAAGUUACUAUUGGUCAGAGAGAGGUCACUGUCGAACAUGGGACCCGCCCCUUCGCGUAUGAUAUGGAAUUUACUGGCGCCAGUCCUGACAGUGUCGGCAGCUGCAUGACUCUAAUAGAGCCAGUCAACGUAAAAGAGAACAGCGACUUAACCUGCUCUACGGGAGACAAAAUGAAAUAGCUAAUCGAAUAUGACAUGGCAUUAAGUUUAGAGUCAACAUCUAAAGUGUUUUAACAUCUAAGUCUUUAAGUGUUAUACUCGCUAUAUUUAAUGGGGACUUUCGUGUAAAUUUCCAGUGUCAGAAAAAUAAGGAAAAUUAUUUAAACAAUUUUUCCACGUCAUCCUGGUUUAACAUUUUCAGUGUUAACCAAGACUCGGAAAAACAAGACUACGGGCUUUGCCUUGAAACAGAAGGAAACAGCAUUACGUUAAUUAUCACUGUUACUUGAGGGCAAGAAAAUUGUACACGAAAAUCCCUUCCUAAAGGACACAAAGAUCUUUUGCAAAAGUGAUCGAACACGUAUUUUUGAGGGGAGGGAUUUUUGUAUAUCGUAGUUUUUAAUAGUAAACAAUUUUGGAGAUGGAAGUAGCGGCCGACCAGUCUAGGUGGAUGUCACAUCAUCACUCUAUACUGAACAGCCAACACACGGACUCGCACCACCCCGGAUUGACACACAACUAUAUGGACCCCAUGGCCCAGUUACUGCCACCAGACGAGGUCGACGUUUUUCUGAACCAUCUGGAUUCACAAGGAAAUCCAUAUUAUUCCAGCUCCCGAACCAGGGUGUCUUACAGUCAAGCUCACGCUCGCCUCGCAGGGAGUCAAGUCUGCCGACCGCACCUCCUUCACAGUCCAGGCAUCCCGUGGCUGGACAGUAGCAAGGCGGCCUUUUCCGCGACGCAUCAUCCCAACCCAUGGGCGGUCAGCCACUUUAGCAAGCCCGGACUGCAUCCGGCAGGGUCUGGGUUUCCCUGCAGCAGUGGUUCCUCUACUGCUCCUGUGCCAUCUCUGACUUCGGCAUCUCACUCCAGCCCACACCACCUCUAUAGUUUCCCCCCAACUCCACCUAAGGACGUGUCUCCAGAUCCGGGAGCUGCUUCGCCAUCAUCGUCUUCCACUAGAAUAGACGAGAAAGAGUCCAUCAAGUACCAGCUAUCAAUAUCAGAUGGAUUGAAAAUGGAAGGAUGCAGUCCGAUACGUAACAGCCUGACUUCAAUAAAUGCCCAGACUACCUCCACACACCAUCCCAUCCCGACGUAUCCAGCCUACCCUCUCCCAACUCCACACGAUUACAGCAGCGGCCUUUUCCACCACGGCAGCCUGCUCGGCGGAGCCCCCGGUUUCACACCGAAGUGUAAAUCCAAGGCAAGGUCGAGUUCAGAACCUGUAUACUGCUCAGAGGGCCGUGAGUGUGUCAACUGUGGGGCCACCUCCACACCCCUGUGGCGGAGGGACGGCACUGGACACUACCUCUGCAAUGCCUGUGGCCUCUACCACAAGAUGAAUGGCCAGAACCGACCCCUCAUCAAACCCAAACGCAGAUUGUCCGCUGCGAGACGAGCUGGCACCUGCUGCGCUAACUGUCAGACAACCACGACAACUCUGUGGCGACGCAACGGGAACGGAGACCCGGUGUGCAACGCCUGCGGCCUCUACUACAAACUGCACAACGUGAACCGACCACUAACCAUGAAGAAGGAAGGUAUCCAGACACGAAACCGCAAAAUGUCCAACAAGUCAAAGAAGAACAAGCGUGGUGAAAGCUUUGAGGAGCUUCCCAAGUGCAUGCAGGACAAGCCAUCACCUUUCAGCAGUGCUGCACUUGCAGGGCACAUGUCUCACCUGGGGCACUUGGCUUCCUUCAGCCACUCCGCACACAUGUUGCCGACCCCCACAGCGAUUCACCCCUCCUUCACCCACCACUGAGACCCUCUGCUCUCUACUUUAGGCUCCCCCUCCCCCACACACACUGUGGUACUCUCUCCUCAGAAGAGGAAUGAGAAUGGGUCGGGAGAUGGAGGCCUGAUUUUAUUCCAUGGAUUUAAUGGAGACAGUCCCUGUUUGAGAGAGCCUGAUCUAAUCUGGAUUUACUGAAAGGAAGAUGAUCUUAAAUCAGCAUCUUGGCUGUUUUUUUUUUCUUGAAAGACUGCAGAUAUGCUGGUCAAGAGGAACAUUGUGUCCCCUCCAAUUUCCUUCUCUCUAGGAAUAAUGUUGAGAAUUUACAGUGCAUAUUUGUUUACUUGGUACCAGAGAAAGUUUUCAGAUACCACAGCAAUCCACCAUUCUCCACCAUUUUUAAUAAGACCUACUGCGAUGCUGGGGAACACCCCCUGCUCAGCGAGAUGAACUGCAAAUAUUGUAAAUGUAGCAACGAAGACAAAUACACAGAGAAAAAUGAAGAAAAUGCUCCAUGAGGUUACGUAUGUCAUGCUGGACUUUAUUUUCAAAGGACUUUAAAAAUGUGGAAACAAAAUUAUAAAUUUAAUUUCAAAAAUUUAGUAUUAUUUUGAUAAUUUAUUUUCAGUUUUUGUUCUUUUUCCUUUCUUGAGAACACAUGGAUAUUUUAUUUUAAUGUUGUCAUUAAAACUGGCGUAUAUCAGACAAGAUGAGCCAUAAAACAUGAAAUCUAUCUGUCCCUCCCGCAUCAAACAAUAAAUUGAAGUUACAGUA